AUGCUGCUGCUCCUUCUGCUCACAAAUGCUUUUGUCCUUCUGCCCUGGGCUGGGGCUGGAAGGAUCAUUGGUGGAAAGAAAGCUGUGGCCCACUCCAGACCCUACAUGGCAUUUUUAGAAAUUGAAACUGACUCAGACUAUAUUAAGUGUGGAGGGUUCCUGAUUCGCCCAGACGCAGUGCUCUCAGCAGCUCACUGUGUAGAUGAAGAAGGGAUAGAGAAUGUCACUGUGAUUCUGGGAGCCCACAAUGUGAACAGACAAGAACCGAGCCAACAGAAGAUCCGUGUUGAAAAAUGGAUCAUCCAUCCUGAAUAUUCCCCUAAGCCCGUGAAAAAUGACAUCGUGCUGCUGAAGCUGGAGCAAAAUGCCAUCAUCAAGAAGAAUGUGAGGUUGAUCUCCAUUCCCAAGGAAAAUGAAAGUGUGAGAGUAGGAACUGAAUGUAAUGUGCCUGGCUGGGGACAGACAUCUGUGACAGGGCCGAGGAGCGAUGUCUUGAUGGAGGUGAAACUGAAGGUGCAAAAGGAGGAAAUAUGUGAGCAGCUUCUUCCUGACUACGAGCCUCAGUCUAUGAUCUGUGUUGGUGAUGAAAACCAUAAAAAAGGAACUUACGAGGGUGAUUCUGGUGGCCCAUUAGUCUGCAAUAAGAAGGCUUAUGGCAUUGUUUCUUAUGGAUGUGGGUGCAACCUCUUCCCUGAGGCAUUCACCAGGAUCUCCCACUUUGAGCCCUGGAUCCGUGAGCAAUUGAGGAAGUUUGCAAUCCAAGAUAUUCCUGGCUCUCCAUCCUCUGACUAA